AUGGUUUCUUGGGUUGUAACGGUUACUGUGGUGAUAUUAGCCAAGUCAAGGUACACGGGAAGAAACCUAGUCAUGUUCAACGACUACACGUAUUAUUAUUAUCUACAGGUCCAGUUACACGAAAGCAGCUCGAAAAGACGAAUGUGGAAUCAGCAAAACAUGGUCAACGCUAUAAAGGACUUAAGAGCAGGCAUAAUGGGCCUGAAAAAAGCGGUGCAAGUGUAUUCCGUGCCGAAAACUACUCUAAGGCGGUUCGUACACAGCAAUUACACGGCGGAGGAAGCUGUAAAAAUCUAUGUAGAAUUGCUUCCUACCAGAAGUGGGAAUUACACCCUACGCUUUGGCAACAACACAUACUGGUGCAAUUGGUAUAAGAACACCAAUACUGUGGACAAGCCCGCGCGCCGAUGGUAUUGUUCCAAAAGGAAAGUGUCCAAGUGCCACGCCAGUGUAAAGACUUUGUACGGAAGGAUCGUGGCCAUAUACGGCGACCAUAAUCAUUGA